CCGCAGGCGCCGAGAUAGAAUGCCUCGCCUUGGCAGCCUUGGCACCGCUUCUUUCCUCUGCGCGCUGCCCCCCUAAAGGGCGCAACGCUCAGGAUUCAAUUAUUGGAAUCACCAAUUUUGCAAAUUUAUGUGCACAUUUCUCUUCCACUAUGAGCAGACUGCUAGAACUUCACAUUUGCAUGGCUCUUCUUAACAUCCUGCUUUUCUCUGUCUCACAAUGUCUGGCUUUCCCCAAAAUGGGAAGGAGAGAGAUAGAACACAUUGAAGAUCAAAUUGAGAGAUGGAAUAUAGAUGACCUUGAAAAACCCAGACCUUCAAAGCAAACAGCUCAAAUGGCACUAAUAGAAGAUUCAAAUAUAAUUUUAACAGAACUGUCGGAAACAUCAUUGAAUAAGGGGUUCACUGUUGGGGGAGUAACACAGCUUACUGGAGUAAGCACUGUGUUCACAUAUGGUCAGAGCACUGAUGUGUAUACCCCUACUGAGUCAAUGGCUUCUUCAGAUGAAGGAGGAUUUAAUCCUAGUGAACACAAUAAAGACUUAUCUGAAAGUAGGUUAACCACAGCUGUUACUACAAUAGUCUCCCCAAAUAGUAACGUGAAAGUUGAUUUUUUUAGUAGUUCCAGUAGCAUGCCCACUGUUGAAAAAGCCAUAGAAACAGGACAAGGGGUUCCAAGGCUUCUGGGUGAUCAAUUCUUGGAGACAGGAAGUAAGACAGGUGAGAAUUUGGAACAUUCAAUGACAACUCAGUUGAACACUGAAGAAAUGCUAACUACUAACCCACAGACUGGAAACUUGGAAAUAACCAUUGAACAUACAACAGUGUCUUCUCCUGUGACAAGUCCCGUAACAGAGACUGGGAAUGGGAUGCUCACUGCAAGUAGAGAGAGUCCUUCACAACUGACAGCUCAUCAACCUCAGACCACCGUGACUGAACACCUGCUUGACUACUCAGAGUACUUACCAAGUAUUGAGUCAGAAACUGACAGCAUGCCAGGAGGCAUGGCAAUGGCAACCAACACUCCGACGGCAGCUUCAGAUAUUCCAGCUGUCUCUGCCCUAAAUGAGGAUUGGGAUGAUACCAAAUUAGCAAGUGCAAGCCGAAUGGGAGUCUCAGAGCCCAGAAACAACGCAGGGACUAUUUCUGUGGGAGCCAAAGCUCCUCAGAUAUUACAGCCAGACCAUGAUGAUGUGAAAGGAGGGGAACUCUUGACAGAUUUUGCAGAUGGUUCUUUGGGACAAGUUAGAGGGAGACCACAUACGGGGGCAUCUCCAGUGAUGGUGCAUGCAGAAGAAAAAUCUGUUGCCUUUACUGAUCAAAGUUCCUUUCCCUUUAUGAAUCCUAAAGAAGACACUAAAGUGACAACUAUGAGUCUACUCCAAAACAUAAAACACCCUAAACUAGAUGGUAGAGAAUAUGAUGCCUUAUUUUUUCCAGUGACUACAGUUCCCAUCACAGAUUCUCAGUCUGAGGCAUACUACCCUAUGGGAAAUACACUAACAGACAGUAUAUCUCAAGAGAUGAUGCUUAGUCAAGAUGGAAGAGCUACAUUAUCAUCUGUUACACAAAAGCAGGAUUCUACAGUGGAGAUCACCAGCAAAUCUGGUGAGACUGAGGAGAGAAAUAAGAGUCCGUCUCCCAUCACAGUGGUUUCUAGUGUGACUCAGCUACCAAGAAAGUCAGAAUACUUGGCAACUACUGUCUCAGCUACUGUUAUGCCUUUAUCUCUGGCAGUUACUCUAGUCACCAGCUCAAAAGAAGAGACAUUAUCUCCAGCCUUUGAUCCUUCAGUGACUCUUCCAGGAAUGAUGGAGGAGACGAUGGAUAUUUCCUUGACAUCUGCUUCUGUUACUUCUACAUUAAGAACCCUUCCAUCUAUAAGACACAUUAGUACUUCUGUGACAUAUGACCUGGAACAGAUGGAAUCACAAGAGGGAGAGGAAGAGGAGGAUGAAGAAGUGGAAGAGGAAGAGGAGGAAGAAGAAGAAGAAGAGGAAGAUAAAGAUGAAGACUCUUUAGAUGAAAGCAUGGAGGGUGACACUGAUCUGCCUGGGUUUACUCUCCCUGGAAUUACUUCCCAGGAACCCAGAUUAGACAGGGGAAACUUGGAACCAUUGGAAGGAGCAUCAUAUCAGGUUCCAGAUACUAUUGAGUGGGAACAACAGAAUCAAGGUCUUGUGAGAAGUUGGAUGGAAAAACUAAAAGAUAAGGCAGGAUACAUGUCAGGAAUGUUGGUGCCUGUGGGGGUUGGGAUAGCAGGAGCCCUAUUCAUCCUGGGAGCACUUUACAGUAUCAAGAUUAUGAAUCGCCGAAGGCGAAAUGGAUUCAAAAGGCAUAAAAGAAAGCAGAGAGAAUUUAACAGUAUGCAAGAUCGAGUGAUGCUCCUGGCUGACAGUUCUGAAGAUGAAUUUUGAAUUCGGCCAUGGUUCCAUUGUGAUAUCUAAUGAUAUUAUUAUUUCAUUUUUACUUUUGGGCAAAGAAAGACAUCCUGCUGCAUUGCUACUACCAGGCCCUCUAGUCUUCUGUCCACUGGAUAACGAUUUUUCUUUUCAGUGAGCAGAAAAGGGCAUGCUGUGUCCUAAAUGUAAUAUGUGAUGAUGAUGUUUGUUUUUAUGCAGUUGUGAAUUUCCACUUCCAUACACUGUAUCUCAUAAAUAUGCAGUGUGCCUAUUAUACAAUAGGAAUGGAUGGGAUAAAAUUUUGUUUUUUUAUCAGUGUCUUUUUCUUGUUUUAGAUUAACUGCACAAAUCUUAACUGUUAUUGUAACUGAGGUGUGCUCAAUUUUGGAAUAGAAGUCUUAAUAAGCAAUCACUUAUGAUGAUCUCUAUCCAUCUUCUUAUCUUGGAGCAAUCAAAUGCCAUUAAAUGUAGCUAUAAUUUGGAAUGAAUCAAAUCUUUUUCAUUGAGGAGAUUUGUCAGUACAGCAUGAUUACAUAUGGAGUUAUGGAUAUGUUGCAUUAUGUGCCUCAGGCUUCCUGUUCUGUUCUUUCAUGCUCCUUUUAGUUCUUUUUCUUGGCAAGUAGAAUCAUGGAGAAACAAUAAUAGAACAAAUUGAUUCGAUGUCUAAAUGAACUGAAUGCAUUCUUUAGUAGCACAAUAUAUUUUAACAAACAUAUUGACAGAUUUUUAGAUGAUCUUCAUGAAAAGCCACUAACUUCUUUGAGUUAUCACUUGUUUUUGUCAGACAGACAAGAGAAAAAAAGAGUGUGAUCUUUGCCCCAGAGUUUUGAUCUACUAUAUGCUUAUGCAUGUGGGUGAAAAUUGAACUAAAUUGCUGAGAGUUUUACUUUUUAAAUUAUGUACCUCUUUAUUGUCAAAGAAAUAAGUUUUUAUGGUGGUAGGUGUCAAGCUGGGCUUCAUUUUUAAAAAAAAGACAAUCAUAGUUGGUUCUAUGGCCAGAUCCAUAACAUGGCUCUCUUGGAAUUUCACUUGUAUUUCCCAAACUACCUUGGAGCAUCAUUCUCUGGUCUUGUUUUUGUAAUUGGAAACUAGAGGCUUAAGACUGAUGAAAGCUAAGUUGCUGAGUAAAGAAGUAAUAACACACUAAGAACUUUAUGUUUUUCAAAGUGUUUUUACACCUGCUAUCUUAAUCUUCGAAACCAUUCUGGGCAAAUAUUAUUAUCACAAUUUUACAGAAGAGAAACCUGAGGCCGAGAGAAAUUAAUUGACUUACUCAAGAUAAUAAGAGUGAAUCCAUGGCAGUUCCAACAUAAAAACUUGUAUAUGUUGACUCUCCAGGCCUGUAUUUUUCUGACUGCAUUCCUAAAAAGGUAAUGACCUUUUUGAGCCAUCCUUUUAAAAAACAGGAUUCUGUUAUAUCAAUUUCAAUAAAGUUGAUCCCAUUUUAUAUUUCUUUAAAUGAAUUUUUAUAUUUCUUUAAAAUGAAAAUUUUUUCUCUACUUUUCUUUUGUUUCUUUACCAGUCAUUUACACAAAUAAUUUUUUCUCCUAUCUUCUGUCCAUCAUGUCGAGCCUACAUAUCAUUGCUGGGAAACCAGAAAGACAUUUUCUUCAUAAAUCCAUCCUUUAGUUAUAGCUGACUCAGGUGUUAGAGACUCAGGUGAAUUUUUUGCUAAACAUUAGUGAUAUAAACUAUUAUUCUAGACAUUUUCAAUUAUUUUUGCCCAGAGAAAUGUACAUGCGUAGCAUUAGAUAGAAAGAACUGAAUACUAGAUGAUGCUAUAGAUAAGACUAUAAUAAGCAAAUAUAAGGUAGUGACAAGGGAAGUAGUAAAAUCAAAAAUCAGAUUUAACAGAAGCCUUGAGUAGAUGUCAUGAUCUUUUCAAGAGCUAUUACCUGCAAUAGGUAAUUGUUUUAAAUAUUUGUGUAUAGAGACAACUUUUUACCUGUUACAGGGAACUAAAUUGGGAUUUGAGCAGUUUUCAGGAUAGAUUCUUCAGAUUCAAGAGCACUCACAUGGUCAUAAGUUUCUAUAAGGAUUAGCGGCAACAAUAUAUUUUCUUCAUAAAUUAGCUAUAGAUCUCAGUAUCAUGUGCUCUUCUACUAAAAAUCAUUAGUGCCAUAGCCUGUUGAACUGAUGCCUUAACUAGACCAUGAAUAAUAAGCUAAACUUAUAAACAUCAGUAUCUACAGAGCAUUAAGAAGAAUUUAAACCUCUUUUGAGAGGUUACCUCCUUUCUUAUCUGUUUCUAGAAGAAUGUAUGUGAAUGAUGUAGAAAUUUAAACUUAUGCAAAAAAUCAGACUGCAUAGUCAGGGGAUUGUGACUUAAGUGCCAGAGACAAAGAGAAAAAAAGACAUGUUUUUCAGUGUAAACCUCAGUGACAUUGCUUGUUCAAAUAAAUGGGUCCUUUUUGAUCCUCAAGACACUUAUAUGCUGUGGAUAAUUUAGUCUAUAGCAUAACUAAUUUAUCUAUUUGAGUCAUUUUCACAAUAGCAGAAUGUUUGUCAAUAAUACUAUUGUUCUACAUUGAUCAGAAAGAAAGGUCUGGCUGUAUCUUGCUCAGUAUAUUGAUUCUGUGAAUGUUAAUGCUGGUAUACCCUGACUAAGAGCUAGUUUGUAUAAAUAUAUUGUUAAUUAAACAAGUUACAGGAGACACUCUGUUCCGUAAAAACAAAUUACAAAUUAGAUGGGAGGCAAGCUCUGAGGACUUAAAAAUGCUAAGGUUCAAGAGGCUGUGUACACCAUUGGCAACCAUUCAUUUUGCAUCUUGAAUAAGUGAAUAUAUGAAAACUGCUUACCUACUAUGUGCCAGGCACUAUGCUAAGUGCUGGGGAUAGAAAUAGAAAAGUGAGAUAGUUCAUGCUGUCACAUGGGAGAGAGAACACAUAUAAGAGAGCCUAUCUGAAAAGAGGAUGGAAAAGUCCCUGAAGUUCUGAGGGUGCAGCUAUGGAUGUUAUGAUAAGCCCCAGGAUUCCUAAGGGAACUCUCGAUCAGCAGACCAGAUGGCAGAGUCAGGUCUCAAGGAUGGAAUGGCACAGCACAUGGUAAGGCAUCAUGGUUCUCCAUCUUACUAUAGAAGCAGAGUACGUCAUCAUCCCUGAGUUGCUCGUGUAUUAGGAGAAUAAGGAAGGGAAAAGAAAUGUCAAUAAUAUUAUAAUAAAUUUUUGUGACAUAAGACUGAGAUUGGAUUAUAGCCUGUAAAUGUUAUGGAGAAAUGACAUUAGGAUUACUUUAUACUAUCACUAUAUAGCUUAAGAGAACAAAACUCAAAAUUUCCAGUGGCCAAGUUACCAUUCACUGGCCACAAGAAGAUUUAGUCUGGUAUUCAAAAAUAAAUGAGGGCUGGGUCCCAUUGUUGAUUCUUAUACUGGAUUACUCCUAGCAUUGAUGCUAUUCAUGGUAGUAGGAGGGCUUCUUGGUCAUAUGAAAAAAAAUGGUAAGAAACUAGUUAGCAUUGACUUCAUGGAUAAAAUAGCAACAAUGAUGAUGGUGGAACUGGUUUAUGGAAAUAGGAACGAGUUUGUAGCAGAAUUUGUUUACUUGUAGAAACUGUGGGUUCAUAAUGAAGUGUGGAGAUUAUAGCACUUGGGAAAUGGAUAAGAAUUAAAGUCCUUCACUUGUUUUAAUAAAGUAGCCUGUAAUAAACUUUAGCAUUUAAGAUUUAAUAUCAUACUUUAUGAAUUUGAAAUUUUAGUGAAUGAAAAUGGGUGGAGGAAAAAUAUCAGUUAAAAACAAAGAAAAGAAAACUUAUAUGAGAAAAGAAUAUAUAGCAUUCUUUAUGAAAAGCAGCACUACUAAUUCUUCUGAGUUCCAUUUACACUGUUUUUCAUUCUGUUUGUCCAUGGCACAAAAUUUCCCUCUUUAGAUAGGUAUAUGAAGAGAAAUGAUAAAUAUGCUUUCCAAGUGUCUAGCUUAGUGGCCUAGGGAUAAACAAUAAUCAGGUAAAGAUGUUGGGAAAUGAGAGUAGGAGUUGAUGUAAAGAAUAUGGGAGAUAUAGAUACGGGAAUUUGAUAAUAAAAUGACUACUAUUUUAAUGUUUAUAUUGAGGGAAAUGAUCUUCAGAUUGGAAAGGGGAAAACAAAUAUUAAGACAAAUUUGAAGUCCAAGAUGAAUCCAAAUCUUUAGGCAGAGAUAACUUAGGUUCUGGUGGAUUGAAAGAACUUGCAGAUAUCAUUACAGAACCACUUUUCAUUGAGAAUGGUAUAGGUGUCAGAAGAGUGGAGAUAGGAUAAUAUAUCAAUUUGCAUAAGUUAGAAGAAGGUAGAUUUAGAAGGCCAGUAAGCUUAACAUCAAUUCCUGAAAAAAGUAGCAUUAUUAAACAGAUUUGUGUGUUAUGUGUGUGAAUAAUUGAAAAGAAAAGCGUGAUUAACAGAAGAUACCAAGGAUUUUUGAUGAAUAAUUCUUUUCUAGUGGACAUUUUCCUUUUUUAUAGGGUUCUUAGACUCAAAGGAAUGUGAAAUAUAAAUAGAUUUAUAUUUCAGUAAUCAUUUGAUAAAUCAAUCACCAAGCAUUUAUUAAUUACCUACUAUAUGCCAGGCACUGUGCUAAACACUGGGGAUACAAACAUAAAAAUAAAUGUCUUUGCUCUCAAGGAGUUUAUUUCUGAAUGAGGGAGACCCCCAUAUAUCUUAGCAGCUUAUGGGAUCAGGAAAAGUUUCAUCUGACACUUGGGACAUUGGAAAAGUCAUUCUGGUGGUAUUUGAGCUACCUUGGAGGAAACUUAGGGUUUCAAAAGGUUGAGAGGAGGAAAGAGCACAUUCUAGGCAUGAGGUCCAGCAAUCACAAAAGUGGGAGAUGGCUCAUAGAUUGCAUAAAAUAGCAGGUAGACCAAUAUGACUGGAUUUCAAAGUGUAUAUAGACUAGGAAGAUAAAAAGAGGUCAUGAUGUGAAGAGGUUUAAAAUUGCCCCUGGAGUUUAUUGAGAAAGUGAUUUAAAAAAAUCAGUGGCACCAGUGCAGAAUAGAGGGAAAACUUGGUUUAACAAUACUUCAUGGUAAAAGAUCUAGAAAUUGCUUAUUUUGAGCUUUUAAAAAAGCUAGUGCCAUCUUGAACCAUAUGAGUAUAACACCACCAAAAAGAUCAAUGGAGGUAAUAGUCUCACUAUACUCUGUAUUGAUUACAACACAUCUGAAGAAUAAUGUUCAGUUCUUUGUUGUCUAUUUUAAUAGAGACACUGACAAACAAAAAGACUUGUAGAAAAGGGAAUUCUAAAAACCAUGUUAAAUGAGGGAUGUGUAAAGGAAGUACAUACAUUUAGCCCAGGAAGAAAAGACUUAGAAAGGAUCUGAAGAAGAUGGAUUAGGUGUGCUUUGAUGGGUCCCUGAGAGCAGAAAUGGGAAUAAUGAAGGGCAGUUGCAAAGAGGCAGAUGCUAGCCAAUAUAAGGAAAAAUUUCUUGACUACUAGUCCAAUGAUCUAUCCCAAAAUGGAAUAGGCUGCUUCAGGUUUCAAAGAGUCAUCUGGGAGACACAGUGAAUGGAAUGACUUGGAGUCAGGAAAACUUGAGUUUGAAUCCUGCUUUUUCUAGCUAUAUGACCUUGGACUAAUCAUUUAAUCCUUUUCAGCCUGCUUCCUCAUAUGUAAAGUGGAAAUUAUAAUAGUACCUCAUUCCUAGAGUUGUGAUGAUAAAAGGUAAUAAGGAUAAAACAUAAUACUAUUUGUAAAGCACUGUUCAAACUUUGAAGUGCUAUGUAAAUGCUAACUAAUUAUUAGAAAGAUAUAUAAUAUAUUCGAAAUAUGCUGAAAUCAGAUUGUAGAGUGCCUUAAAAACAAUACAAAGAGAUUUUCAUUUUUUUAAAAAAACCAAAUAGACAAUAGAGAGCCCCUGAAAGUUUUAUGCAGAAGAAUGAUAUAGUCAGACUUGUCAAUCAGUCAAUAUGAAUUUAUUAAUAAAAAUGUUAAUUAAUGCAUUUGUUAAUAAGUUUAUGUUGACUGACUUGAAAAAUAUUGAUAAAUUUUGAAUUGUUGAAAGGUGUAAUGCCAUAAAUAACCCUCCACUUAAUAAUUUUAAAGUUUUAAUUAUUUUUAAAAUGAUGGUUAAGUAGCAAAAAAAAUAACUUGGAAUAUUUUUGGAAUGAUUAUGGAUAUUUUACUCAAAAUAUCAAUUAUGCUGUUGAAACUAUUGCUAACAACUUGGGAAAAGGCUAAAAAAUAGCUUGGAAACAAUAUAAAAAAAUUUCUCCUUUCCCUUGGCCUCUUUAUUUCUGGUAUUUUGCUACUAAACAGGUGAAGAAAAAGGUGAGUGAUUGCAGAAAGGCCAAUUAUUUCAUAAUAUUGCUCUGACUUCAUCAAUGCAAACUAGUGAUCUGAAUUUACUGGGAAUUACUCUCUAAUGGGGAAAAAUUUAUAAUCCCCUGAUCACCAUCAUGAAGGGGUUUCAGCAAAUUACUUAUGUCUGUCACAAUGAAGUAAGCACAUGCCGUCAGAACAUCUCACCAGCCCUGUACAUUUUAGGGGAAUUAAUAGACAUAUUACUGUUUAAUCUUGAGUGGUAGAAUACUACUUGUCCCUCUUGUGGGGGGUGAUGGUAAUUGCAUAAGGAAUUAGAAGAGGUGUGGUAUGAGAUAAUGGUUCAAGUUUUGGCUUUAGGACCAGGAAGACCUGCCUCCUUGUGUGGCUGUGUGGCACUGGGCAAAUGACUUAACCUCUCAUUGCCCUUGGCAAUUCUUUAUGACCGUAAAUUGGCAAGAAAGUGUUGAUCUGAAUUGGUAGAUUAAGAAUUCCCUCAUAUGGGAACUCAUUAUCAAUGAAAUCACAUAGGAAAUAGACCUGUUGUCUUGAUUGUUGUGAGUUUAAGAAGUCUAUGUUGUUAGAAGUAGAAUAUUUUCCCUAUAUAUCAGAUUUCACAGCAAAUAGUAACAGCAGCCCCUUAGGGAAAGAAUAGUGUUAAUUAAGCAGACCUAAUCAAAAAUUUAAAGGUCACUGAUAACCAUGUAAAUGUAAUAGGAUUUAAUUUUAUUUUGCCCAUGGAUAAAGGCUCUGGACUCUUUAAUAUAUUAAUUUAAGCUAGAUUUCCAUAGGAGAUAGAUUUUAUUUUGCUCAAAGCCCCUUUCCAUCAAUCUGCUUUCAGAUUAUAAUAAUAAGAAACAAUAGAGAAACUUCAAAAUGCUACCUAAACAUGCAUUUGUGAAAUACAAAUGUAUCUAAAUUUUUCUUCCUUACUCCCAAUAGUAGCAAGCUAACUGUCAGCUUUCUUGGUGAUUUUAAUGAUUAAACAUUUUCAGAAUUGAUAAUGAAUUCACUAACCAUAAGCUUAUAAACACCAAUUUAACCAGGAAUUGAGAAUUUCAGGACAGUUGCUAUCAACAAUAACAUACCAGAGUUGGGAAUUUUAUUAAGAAAAUAAAAUUUAUUCUUCAAAAUUAUAGGGAUAGAGAGAGGAAUUAGAUAAAAGAUUAAGAAAACAGAAUUACAUUUUGAGUCAGUAUAAAUCUUUUGGAGUUUUUUUGGUAAAUUAGAGAGAGAGAGAUCACCUACUAUAAAUCCAGGGGAAUGUUGUUUGUCUUUUGUGCUUGAAGAGAACCAAAAUGACAUCACAUGGGUCAAUGCACUGUGUGUUCAUCUGUGACUGAUCAUACCAGUGUGAGCUUGGAAGACUACCAUAAGUUGGGCCCAAAUAGCUAGAAGACCAAUUGGGAGAUAUCUCUAAGUUUGGGCAUCUCAUGUUUCUUUUGAGCUAUUGCAAUUCUGCUUUGUUCAUAGAGCAUAGGACCUUUUUGAUGUAGAUUUUGAUGCAAAAUUCUUCAGAGAAAUCUUUAGAGUGAUUUUGAAUUGCUUCUCCUGGCUAACAUGUGAAUAUCUGCCUGGUAUGAUUUUCCUGUAAAAUAACCUUUUAGGCAGUAAUUAUUUAAAUAAUGUGGCCAGCCCAUCAGAGUAGCACUCUAUGUAGCAGAAUUUGAAUGGUUGUCAGUUCAUCUUGAGAGAGAACUUCAGUGUCCUGUAUCUUAUCUUGCCAGUUCUUCAGAAUCUUCCUAAGACAAUUCAAAUGAAAGCAAUUCAAUUUCCUGGCAUGGUGCUGAUGAUAGACUUUCCAGGUUUCACAAGCAUACAGCAAUGAGAUCAGCACAACAGUUCUAUAGACUUUCAGUUCACUUGGGAGCCUAAUAUUUCUUUUUUUCCAUACAUUCUACUUAUAUCUUAAGUAUCUUGCCUAUAAGCUAUGGAAUUAAAUUAAUCAUGCUAGUGUUAUUAGAAUAUUUUCAUUUUAACUUAAAGUAAACUUGAAUUGGCAGGCAAAUGAAGAAACUAGCAUCUGAAAAACUUUUUUCUGCUUCUUUGUCUCUGACCACCUGGGCAUGUGGAUAUUUCAGGCUUUUCCUAUCAUAUUUCACUAGAGUGGGAGAACUUCCAAAACCAAUGUAGAUGUAACUCUUUGGUGAUGCCAUAAGAUGUGAAUUCUAAGGAGUUGUCAAAGAUGCAAAGAAAUUGUGAUUUUCCUAGGGUGCUCAGUUAGCAAUUGUCAGAGAUGAAAUAUACACAGUUCUUCCUAACAUCAAGCUCAGUAUUCCAUCCACUGUGCAGUGUUAACCCCAUGACUGGAUAUAAUCACAUAUAUUGGAUCUAAUUAAGUUAAUUAGAUUUUUAUAAAGAAAAAUGCUAAAUGCUGAAUGUCUUCUUUCAUCUAGGAAUUCUGGUAGUAAACCUAAAGCUAUUAUUUUAAUUUUAAUUUUUUCCUUGAUAUUUCCUGUUUUCCUGAAAGAGAUGAAGAAAAAUGAACAAAUCUGAAAAGAUUUUGUAUUGGGUUAAAUCAAAAUAACAGUUCUGUGUCUAAAAAUGAAUGUAGGAGAUUGAAAUUGACCAGUGAAGUUUUUUAUUAUUCCUCACUUCAUUGGAUAGGGAGCUUCACUGGUGUGGAUACUUUCUCUAAGAUAGCAAAUGACAACUUAUUUGUGGCUCAUCCUGUGUCAUUGUUGCCCACAUAUUUCUGGAAAUCCUCUAUUUAAGGCAUCUGUUUAACGCAGAAGAGGCUCUCCUGUUUUAUAAUGGAAUAUUUUGUCAGUGUAACACUUAGAAUAAUUCUUGAUUCAUUCACCAAAUCAUCAACCUGCCUUUAGUCAUAUAUAUUGGUAAUUUGCUAUAGCCUGAUUAUACCCAUCAUGAAUUUCUCCACUGGUCAUCUACAUUAGUAAAUCAAAAUCAAUUUAUAUUUGGAAUAGUGAUGAGAUGAUAAUCAUUAUAAAAUUAUGUAGAUUUUUUUGUUAAAAGACUUUAAUGAUGUAUUUAGUCUUUUUUCAAUUUUAAGGAGGGAUUAUGCCUAAACUAUCCCAGAUAUAUUUCUAGGUCUGAGAGAAAAGAUACACAAGUCUGCCAGAAGAGAAACAAAUACAAUUUUAAAAUCAGAAAUCUUUAAGUGUGUUUUAAAGUAAUAGGUGCUAAAUAUAUAUGCUUAUGUGAAUGCACUCAUUUUUGACUGAUAACAGGAGCAAAGCAGAGUUAGUCCUGGUUAAUACUUGAAUGGAAGACUGUCUGAAGAUACUAGGUUAUGAAGGCUUGAGAACCAGUAUGGAAUAGUGGGUAGAGAAGAGACCUUGGAACCAGGAAGAUCUGUAUUCAAGUCCUCCCACUGACAUGGUCCUGUCACCCAAGGCAAAUCAUUUAACCUCUCAACUCUCUAAAUUGCUAAGAAGAUGGCUGAGAGGUUUCCUUAUUUGGUUGCUUUGAGGAUUCAUAUAAUGUUUGUCAAUGAUGUCUUGAAAGUAAAUUUAAAGAAGGCAAUGUUCUUUCUCAAGAAUAAGAGUAGUAGAUCUCGAUGCUUUUGAAUAGGCAACUUGAUAGGAUAUUGUGCAAUACCUACUCUAAACACAGAAUCAUAUCCUCAGCACAGUAAUGUCUUGUAAAGUGCUUGCUCAGAGUAGGCACUAAAUAAAUGCUAGUUGAUUGACUAGUCAUUUUGUUGGUCCAAUAAUAUGUUCCCUAUACAAUCACCACAUAGUUUCUAUUUCUUUCCCUAUAAAAUAAAAAUUUGUUUCUCAUUAUUGAUUUUUAAUCAAUAAUCUAGAAAUUAUACAGUUUUUUAAGGUUUGCAAAGUGCUUUACAUAUAUUAUUUUAUGAGAUAUUCUCACUAACCUUAUGAGGUAAGUGCUAUCAUUAUCUCCAUUUUACAGAUGAGGAAAUAGAUUAAAAGAGGUCAGGUAAUUUGCCCAAGAUUAUACAACUAUUAAAAGUUUGAGGCAGGGUUCAACAAAGAUAUUCCUAAUUUCAAGUCUUAAUGUUUUAUCUAAUGUGCUACAGAUGUUCAUGGCCGCAAUGACACCAAUGCAAAAAAUAAUAUUUUAUCAAACAGAGGGGGAAAAGCACCUAAAGUUUCUUAACUGAUUGAGAAAUGAUUUUCAUUUAUUUAAAGUAUCUCCCAAAUUGUACAAGUCAGCUAAUCAAUUCUUUUUAACUUGAAUCUGGUUAGUGAUAAAACUUAUUAUUAUUACUGAUUGUUUUCUGGGGAAUGUGAGAUGAUAGGGAAAUCCCAUUGAAAGAUGCAGAUUGACAAGUCCUUUGUAACAGAACUAAAAGAAUUGCCUCUCUACUGUGCUACUGAGAGGUUAGUCUGCUUGCCUUUAAUUAUACAAUCAGUAUGUGUCACAGGCAAAUCUACAUCAUUUAAUAUGAUAAAAAUAUAUUUCAAAAAGCAGUUGAAUUAUCUUAGUUUGAAGUUGAAUAAGCUAAGAAUAGCUGUCUAAGAUACUUUAAAAACCGGUGGGAAAAAAUGGUUCAGAACUUCCUUUUUAAAACAUAUCCUCUACCAGCCCUUUUGUAAGUCAUCUGUAAUCUGAAAAGAAUUUGUAAAUGGCAGCAUCAAAACAAAGAAUAUAUUCUCAGGAUAGAAUUCCUUGAGAACAGCGUCAUGUCAAGACUGGAAUGAUAUGUAACUAAUGCUUGGUUUAGUAUGGUUUAACAAACUUUUUAAAGUCUCUGCUUUUUGCUCCAGAUAGAAAAGACAAAGAAAUAUUGCCCUUCCUUAAGUACUGGAAUAAAUUCCUUUGACAUUGAUUUUAAAAGUAGUCUUCAUUUUCCUGUAAUUAACAUGUCUGGUUAAAUAGAAUAUUUAUUCUAUCUAGAUCUAUCUAAAAAAUAAUUACUUUGAAAAAAUUGUUCAAAUAUUUAUUUGGAAAUACAAUUUGAGAUUUUAGCAUUUCAAUAGACAUCUUAUUUUCAAGAUCUAGCUUUUUUCGGUACCGGGGUAACAAUUACAAAUCAACUUAAUUAAUAUCCUGUUAACUUGAGAAAUGCCUUUUUAAAAAUUUUCGUAGUGCAUGGAAAGAGCCCUGCAUUUGGAGUCAGAAGACCUAAUUCUACCCCUUACUACUAGUCUGACCAUCUGCAAGCUACGGAAUCUCUUUUAGCCUCAGUUUCCUUCUUGUAAAAUAAAGACAUUGGAUUAGAUGUCUUCCUUAAAUGCAAGUGGCAUCAAAAAGUUUCAAAUAAGUCUAGUUUUCUGCCAUAAAAUGAAGUUUGAAAUCCAAAUAUCCUGCUAAAAUUCAAACACAUUAGCAUUUAGCAAAAGCUAUCCAUAGCUCCAAUAAAACUAGGGCAUGCUACUUAGAAUAAACCAGUGAAUACCCAACAGAAAUAUAAAAUAAGAGCCCCAAUUACUGGAUUUGUUACAUUGUUCUUCCCUGCUGUGGACAUUAGCUAGUGCUCUUCAUUGCUCUUUUAUUUUUUCAAUACAGAAAAAAAAGACAACUCAAUUUUUCAAUGAUGUGGGAGAAAUGCUUUUUUGGAUGCCAAGUUUGUGAUAGUCUACUCCAGGUUGAGGAAUUAUAGAGGAGAUAUUUUAUAUUGAAUCACCCAAUAUCAGUGUUGUGUUCUGACUUGAACAAGAUAACAAUGUGAACAUCUAUCAGUGGUCAUCAAGCAUCAUAAAUUCUGUUUACUGAGAAUUAAUAAGACUUCUAAGUGGUGAUGUAAAAGGUAAAAUAGAAAAUAUCCUCUCCUCUUCCCCCUAUUAUCUCCCCCCAUCUGAAAAAUCUAAGUUCAGAUAUGACUUUCAAUACUUACUUGCAAUGUAACCCUUGGCAAGUAACUUAUUCUCUGCCUCAGUUUCUUCAUUUGUAAAAUGGAAAUCAUAAUAACAUCUACUUUGCAGGAUGAUUGUUAGGAUCAAAGGAGAUAAAAUUUGUAAAGCAUUUAGCACACAGUAUCUGACACAUAGUAGGCUAUAUAAAUGCUUAUUCUCUUACUUCCUCCUUCCCUUGUAAGGAUCUGUAGAUGGUUUCUGCCAUUGAUUGAGGUUGCCAUUGUGAUUAUCAUGGUAGAAAAUCCUAAUUUACUUUAAGGGUUCCAAAUAAUUUUACUAUGAUUAUAAUUUAAAUUUAGUUCUAAAUGAGAAUGGAAACUUUGUGAAGUGACUUUAAUGUAAUUUUGUAAUGAGAAAUCCUGCUGCCUCCUCCUCCUCCUCCCUAUUCCCUGCUUUACCCCUCCUUGUUAUAGAUGCUGGUUUUUAACUGGUCAGAAUGCUCUAUAUUCAUCGCCUAUUGCUUCCAUAUAUAGCUCCCAGCAUGUCCUUGCAUUUUAUUAUGAUUUUUUUCUCCCAAACUGCAACAAUGACUCUUACUGUACCUGUGGAAUAUAGCACUUAAUUAAAUUUAAAAUGGUUAAAAUAAAGUCUGUCUCCCAUACACAUA